GAUGUGCGAUCCUAUUUUGUUGAUUUUAGGAUUGCUGCAAUGAUUAAUAGGGACAUUUGGGUUGGAGGCGUUAAUACUCAAUUGUCAGAGAGGAAAACAAUUGAAGCCAGUCGUGCUGGCGGAAAAUCAGCCUCCGGAUUUCUGGAGGUUUCCUUUCUGCAAGCCAGCGGUCAAUGCGACGGACGAGGAUUGAGAAUUGCAGUGGGUGAAGUGCCUUGCGUUCGUCUUGAUAACAACGUGCUAGUGUUGGGAGCGAUUCGUGGUCUUGCUGAAACAGUCUCUAGUGCAGAUCCUGGUGAUAGUAGUAAAUAUUCCAAAGAGGCUGAAUCGGUCCGGUGCACUCUCAAUGGUAAGGGAAGUCAAUGGAUUGGAUCCACAACUUUGGAUAAAAGAUUGGCCCUAAGGGUUGGGGAACGUGAGCUGGAUUUAGACCGUAAUGAAGGAGGCACGGGCGUGAAGCUACCAUCUGCUGGAAAAUGGCUGAACGCCUCUAAGUUAGAAUCCAAACUAGAAAGAUCUUUCGAGUUCCCACAAGUCAUAGCGAAUGGACAAUGGAAGUGGCUGAUGGCCUCAUCCGGGUAUUACAAUUUCAAUUAUUGGGAUGUUAAAUCUCAUGUAUACGACUUGGAACGGAUAUUAUAG